AUGCAACAAACCAUUACAUUGGCGUCAUAUAUUGGUUACAAAUUCUGGUUCGAUAUUUUGUAUUGUGUAAAUUGUCUAGCAAGACACACAUUAUAUCCGUCUAAACAAGUAAUUAGGUUCUUUAAGGAAUUGUUACAAUUUCUUUGGCAAACAAGGUCUAAAAGAUUGGUCUGGAAUAAGCGAGAUAAAACAGAUGAUGAUGCAAACUAUAUCACUGGAAUCGUUGACGCAUCAUUCGCUAAACAAGAAGAAUACAAAUCCCAAUAUAGAGCAUUCAUACAGUUGAACUCAAACAUGAUCGGUGCGGUAUCUUCGAAGCUUAAACUAACAUGCGCUUCAUCCAUUAAAACUGAACUAUAUGGUAUUUCAGAAUCAACGCAUAGAUUUGCCAACCUAUGUUUGAGGAACGGAGCUAUCCACUAA